CACAGCGCAGACCAGCUCUGGGCAUCACUGAGCCAAACUGGAUUUCAACCGGUGAUCUGUAAGCAGCAGGUCCUGCAGGGGCGCGUGCCCCCCGGCCAGCAUGACGAGCGAAGUGGUGGAGAACGAGUUUGAGUUUUACUCCAAGGCAGAGAAGUACUGGAAGGAUGUGCCUGCCACGGUGGACGGCAUGCUGGGGGGCUACGGCCACAUCUCCAGCAUUGACAUCAACAGCUCCAGGAAGUUCCUGCAGAGAUUUCUGCGGGAUGGUCCCAACCGGACGGGGACAACCCGUGCUCUGGAUUGCGGGGCGGGCAUUGGCCGGAUCACCAAGAGGCUGCUGCUGCCCCUCUUCAAGACGGUGGACAUGGUGGAUGUGACAGAGGACUUCCUCACCAAGGCCAAGAGCUACCUGGGAGAGGAGGGCAGGCGGGUGCGCAACUACUUCUGCUGCGGCCUCCAGGACUUCAGCCCAGAGCCCAACUCCUACGAUGUCAUCUGGAUCCAGUGGGUCAUCGGACACCUCACUGACAACCACCUCUCCGACUUCCUGAAGCGGUGCCGUGCCGGCCUGCGGCCCAACGGCAUCGUGGUCAUCAAGGACAACAUGGCUCAGGAGGGCGUGAUCAUGGACGAUGUGGACAGCAGCGUCUGCCGGGACUUGGAUGUGGUCCGUAAGAUCAUCCGCCGGGCUGGGCUUCACCUCCUGGCUGAGGAGCGCCAGGAGAACUUCCCUGAUGAGAUCUACCAUGUCUACACCUUUGCCAUGAGAUGAGAACAGCCGGUGGUGGCAGAAGGUCUCUCCGUGGCCAGCUCGGAUCAUGAGCCAGCACGGUGGUUCCUGCCAGGGCUGGGAGGGGUGAGGACCGUGCCUUGGGCACAGGGUGGUGAACAGCAGCGAGGGUGUCACAAAUCCCUCUCUCCAGGGCUGGUGGUGAGGACGGGGUUUUGUCUUCCAAGUUGCUGCUGUUUGUGAAAAGAAGUGUUUGCCAAAUACAUUUUCCUGCUGUUGCACU